UCCUUUAGAUCUAGAACCAGUCAAGUAUUACUUGUUGGAAUUUGGACUUACGUUAAUUGGUUAUAGCCUGAAAGGAUAGUGACGUGGCCCAAGUGGUGGAUAAAUAAAAGGCCUAAUAUUAAAUAUUGUGUGUGGAUAAGUGAGGCCCAAUAACUAUUGGCCUGUGAUGGGUAGACACUCUUUAUAAAUAGAGGCCAACCCCCCUUUCCCUAGCUAUCAAGAAAACCGUAGCGUAUUCUGCCUCUUGAAUACGUGGUAAAGGUAGACGUCCCAUCAGUCAAGUUCUUCGGGCUGUGAGAGCGCGUAGCUAGUGGAUUGUGGAAGUUGGUCUCACGCUUAAUCGUCAUGGAGUUUAACGUUGUUAACAACAUGACUACUCAGUUGAAUUCCAUUGAAACUCUAACUAGUAGCAACUACAAGAAGUGGAAACAAGAUGUUGAAAUAGUGUUAGGCCUGAUGGACCUGGACUUUGCAUUUGAACAGAAACCCGCUGAACCCACAACUACUAGCACUGCUGAUGAAAAGGCAAAGUAUGAGAAAUGGAUGAAGGCUAACAAAUUGAGUCUUACGAUCAUGAAGAGAUCUAUUUCCUAUCACAUAAAAGGUGCAAUUAAGGAUAAUGGGAAUGCAAAAGAUUUCUUGAGUGCCAUUGGACAGAAAUUCCUAGAAUCUGAUAAAGCUGAGAUAGGUAGCCUGAUUGAUUCCCUGUCUACCAUAAAGUAUGACCUUGUAGGUAGUGUCCGUGAUCAUAUUAUGAAAUUGGUUAACAUUGCUACCAAACUGAACAAUUUAGGUGUAACCAUUACUGAUGAUUUUCUUGUUCGCCAAUCUCUAAGGUCCCUUCCUGAGCAGUUUAACCAACUUAAGACAACCUAUAAUGCACAAAAAGAUAAGUGGAGUGUUGAUGAGCUUAUUACUGUUUGUGUGGUAGAGGAAGGGAGGAUCCAAAAGGAGAAAGUUGAGGGUGUAGUGAACUUUGUUAGUUCGUCUAGAUCAGCUGAUUAUCCCUCUUAUAAAAGAAAAGGUGGACUCAAAUUUUACAAAAAGAAACAUGGUCAUCUUCAUCAUCCAGGUGGUAAUAGUGGUCAUACUAAUAAGCCUGGUGUUAACCAAAGUCAGUCUCAUAAUUCUCUUGGUCCUCAAGCUGUAAUUAAGAAAGAAAUCAAGUGCUGGGAUUGCAAACAAGUAAGUCAUAAGAAAGCUGGCUUUCCUCUGAAAAAGAAAUCAGGACCUAGUAAGCAAACGGAAGCCAAAAGAGGAUGAAGUUAGUGUUGUUGUGGGCAAUGGACUCAAAGCAAAAGUAGAAUUUAUAGGGAUAUCUAUUUUACCUUUUAAGAAUAAUUCUAGUAUUCGUUUAGAAAAUACUGUUUUUGUACCGUCUAUGAGACGGAAAUUAGUUUCGGUUUUCCUUUUGGACAAAGCUGGUUAUUCAU